GGACUCCGCAGCGCCUCAUAUACCUUCCAGCACGCGCUGGCCGGGCCCAGACUGCUAGAGCAGCCGGAGGAGGAGGAGGCGGAGGAGGCGGCGGCCGCAGGAAAGGAGGAAGAGAGGCGGCAGCAGCCAGUAGCCAGCAGUCUGCAGCCAGCAGCCGGCAGCCGCGCGGCGCUGCUCUGCCCCUUUUCUCUCUUGCUCCCUCCCCCUAGCCUGAGCCCACAGACCGCCUCCUCCGGCGGCAGCAGCUCCCAUAGCGCCAGCCGCAGAGACCGUCCCUUUCUCCGCGAGACGCGGACCGAGCGAGCCUCUGCAGGCUCUGCUUCUCCGGGCCGGCUGGGGAAGAGCCGCCUGGGGACCGGCCGAGAGCUCGGAGAGCGGAGCGCAGGGAACGAGCGCAGAGGCGCAGGCAGCGAGCGAGCCGGAGCCGGCCCUCCUGCCGUCUCUGCCUGCCCCGGCUGGGCGGCCCCUCCGCCUCUGGUCCGGGUUCGUUCCUCCCCGGCUGCCUGCGCCGAACUCCUGGCCUGAGCUGAGCCGGCAGCCCGCCCGGCGUGACUGUGUGUGCGAGUGCGGCUGGAGGCCAGUCCUGCCCGGCAGUCCAGAAGCAGCCCCGGCUGAAGGAAGAGAAAAAUGUCAGUCAGCAUGCAUGAAAAUCGCAAAUCUAGAGCCAGCACUGGCUCAAUCAAUAUAUAUUUGUUCCACAAAUCCUCAUAUGCUGAUAGUGUCCUCACACAUCUGAAUCUUUUGCGCCAGCAGCGACUUUUUACAGAUGUCCUUCUACAUGCAGGAAACAGGACUUUCCCUUGCCACAGAGCUGUCUUGGCUGCAUGUAGCCGCUAUUUUGAAGCCAUGUUUAGUGGUGGCCUCAAAGAGAGCCAGUCCAGUGAAGUCAACUUUGAUAAUUCUAUCCAUCCAGAAGUCUUAGAACUGCUGCUCGACUAUGCAUAUUCAUCCCGAGUUAUUAUCAAUGAAGAGAAUGCAGAAUCCCUUCUGGAAGCUGGAGACAUGCUAGAAUUCCAGGACAUUCGAGAUGCUUGUGCAGAGUUCCUUGAAAAGAACCUUCAUCCCACCAACUGUCUUGGCAUGCUGCUGCUGUCUGAUGCACACCAGUGUACCAAACUUUAUGAACUCUCUUGGAGGAUGUGCCUCAGCAACUUCCAAACCAUCAGUAAAAACGAAGACUUCCUUCAGCUGCCCCAGGACAUGGUGGUACAGCUCCUGUCCAGUGAAGAACUAGAGACUGAAGAUGAAAGGCUGGUGUACGAGUCUGCUAUUAACUGGAUUAGCUAUGACCUGAGCAAGCGCCACUGCUACCUUCCUGAGCUGUUGCAGACUGUGAGGCUGGCCCUCUUGCCAGCCAUAUAUCUCAUGGAGAAUGUAGCCAUGGAAGAACUCAUCACCAAACAGAGGAAAAGCAAAGAGAUUGUGGAAGAGGCAAUAAGGUGCAAAUUGAAAAUCUUGCAGAAUGAUGGUGUAGUCACUAGUCUUUGUGCUCGGCCUCGCAAAACUGGCCAUGCCCUUUUCCUUCUGGGAGGCCAGACCUUCAUGUGUGACAAGCUGUAUCUUGUGGACCAAAAAGCAAAGGAAAUCAUUCCCAAGGCAGACAUUCCCAGCCCGAGGAAAGAGUUCAGUGCCUGUGCAAUCGGGUGCAAAGUGUAUAUAACUGGUGGGCGGGGGUCAGAGAAUGGGGUCUCCAAAGAUGUUUGGGUCUAUGACACUCUUCACGAAGAGUGGUCGAAAGCUGCCCCCAUGCUUGUGGCCAGGUUUGGUCAUGGUUCUGCCGAACUCAAACACUGUCUGUAUGUAGUAGGUGGACAUACAGCAGCAACUGGUUGCCUGCCCGCUUCCCCGUCUGUGUCAUUAAAGCAAGUAGAACAGUAUGAUCCUGUGACUAACAAGUGGACAAUGGUUGCCCCACUCCGAGAAGGCGUGAGCAAUGCAGCGGUAGUGAGUGCCAAACUGAAGUUAUUUGCUUUUGGCGGCACCAGUGUUAGCCAUGAUAAGCUACCCAAAGUUCAGUGUUAUGAUCAGUGUGAGAACAGGUGGACAGUACCAGCCACUUGCCCACAGCCCUGGCGAUACACCGCGGCAGCUGUUCUGGGCAACCAGAUUUUUAUUAUGGGUGGAGAUACCGAAUUCUCUGCAUGCUCGGCUUACAAAUUCAACAGUGAGACAUACCAGUGGACCAAGGUGGGAGAUGUGACAGCCAAGCGCAUGAGCUGCCAUGCGGUAGCAUCUGGAAACAAACUAUAUGUGGUUGGUGGCUACUUCGGUAUUCAAAGAUGCAAAACCUUGGACUGCUAUGACCCGACAUUAGAUGUGUGGAACAGCAUCACCACGGUCCCCUAUUCUCUCAUUCCUACAGCAUUCGUCAGUACUUGGAAACAUCUUCCCUCUUAAGGCUGCUGCCUUAUUUGAAGAUAAUUAUCUGUUUAUUCCAUGGCUUGGUGAAACAACUGUGGGACCUUGACUUUGGAGAAGCCGAAUUUAAUGAAGAAGAAAAAAAGUUGUUCUGGACUUGAAUAAAUUACACUGCACCUUGUAAAUGAUCUAUCCUGGUCAUGAAGGAAAGGGGAGGGGGGGAGGGGGGAGGGAAAGCUUCUCAGUGCAAGUAGCACAUGGUUUAAGUAGGAAUGAAUGAACCUGUGAUCUAGUCCUUGUCUCGUAAUUGUGGAUUAAUGUCAGCGUUAAUCAGCCUUCAGAGGGAGAAGAAAGCCUGGUCUUUUCCCUAGCUGUGCUAUGUUCAACUCCUGAUUUCCAUGGACUCCACCAUUUAUGUGUCAAAUUUGAAAUGGUUGUCACCUCUCUUGGAGGAGCCAGUCUGAAGACUCAGCACCAGCUGUGGUGGAGGCCUGCUGGAUUCUGAACAGCAUCCUAGCAUUCACAUCGAAAAAGGAUGCUAGCUGUGUAAAGCUGGCUAGGGAACUCUACCAGGAGGACUCUGUGUGCUGAUGAUAAUAGGUAGAGUUGGAGCAUCAAUUACGUAGAAUUUUGUGUCGUGCUGCCCUGUCCGCGGGGAAUGUUUCUGUUGGGGAGAGGGAUGGGGGGUGGGGGGCUGGGGGUGGGGGAGGAUGUAGGGGGAAGUGACAAUUCACAAAGAAGGUUUUUUGAGCAUUGGGAAAGUUAAGAAGUGUUCCUCCAGUGGUUUGUGAACUUUCUUUUUCUAUUUAUAAGUGACUUAAAAAACCUUUCCGUCACUGUUGUUAUUUGUUGUAGAUGUAGCUAUUUAUUGUUCAGUGCCUGCAUGCCGAAACAAUGCGUGUGGUUGUCUUCACGUGUAAGGACUUGUAGGGAUGGCUGUAUGUUUUGCACAUUUGUGGUUUUGGUUGUGCUUUGCUGCACAAAAAGGAAAACUUUUGAGUAACAAUUUGGGAUUUAGCUGAAGGGUGGGAUGGGCAGGGGAUACUCGUUUGUUUGUUUUUUAACCCAGCAGAAAUAGAUAGAUUGCAAGACAUAAUCUGAAAUUGUACUUUAAAAAGAAGCCCUGGCAGUCACUUUCUCAGACUGUCAUUCAGUGGGAUUCUGUCUUUGCAUGUAUGUGUAUGUCUUUUUUUUUUUUUUUUAAGAGGUGUGAUCCCCAUAUCUCAUUAUUUCAUUAACCUGAUUAGGUUUCUACCACUGUAAUCUGAAAAAAGUCCAAUGAUUUUUACAGCUUUCUCUCUUAUAGCCUUCUGAUCACCUAGAAAAUAAUAUGGAAUAGUUCUUGUGUUCUGGAGCAUAGACAGGUAAAGGCCAAAGUGUAUUUAUUUAUUUAUUUGUUUGUUACCCCAUUGGAAUGUUUUGCCAUAGCUACAUUGACUGGAAGGACCAAAGUCUUAAAGACUUAAAAAAGAUUUGCAAUAAUUCAUUUACCAGCCAGACUUGGAAGUGACCUGCUGAAAGUGGGGUUUCCUCUGCAUCCAGAGUUCUAAGAGUCAUCUUUAACUUUGGGUAUUACGGAAUUUUGUUCUCACACACAGAGACCCUGAAAAAAUUCCUUUGGUGCACGAAAGUGUGCUAUCUAACCCACAGACGCUGAAGAAUUUGCAGUAGUUUUGGUUCUGUUUUAAAGUCCGUUUCCAAUACAUUCCUGGAUAGUUUGGAAUGCUUGCUUACUGAAACAUGCCCUGUGGUGGCUUUUGGUGUUGUUAAGCCAUGCUAACCCCAUGAUUGUCCAGAGGUCUCUGAAGAGACCAGAACUUGAAUUAGCCACCACCCUUAUUCUUUCUCACAUUGCAGUUAUUUCAGAAAGUGGAUUCUUAAUUACAACAUUUGCAGUGUGUGAGUUUUACGGAGUUUGUUUGCAUUGUCCAGUGGUGGUCAGAUGCUUACUGGUGAAAACCUCAUAGUGGUUGGAUGAGAAAUAGUACUCUACAAUCAUGUUUAAAAUGCAUUCUAUUUGGACCAAAAUAUUGAUCUGUUGAAAUAAAAAAAAAAUGAGUCAUUUCCAGCAUUCAUUCACCCUUUCUUAGCUGUCUCCUUAGCAAUGCAAAUGUCCCUUUCUACACCUCCCUCCCCAGCUCAGCCUCACGACUUGCCGAACAUUCACCAUUUUUACAUCCCUGCAUUGAUAGCUGUGUAGCUUAUGAUGCGAAGCUGGCUGAUGUGUCUUGUGUCAGUGCACAGCUUCAGAAAGCAGGAUGAAUUUGGUGCAGCUGUUUCAAAGUUGUGGUCUGUCCUUGGAUCCUCUAUUAAUUACCCUGUAGAGGCUGAAGGAAGCCACGGUGAGGGUGGGCCUCCGGCCCUGCGGGGGGAAUCGUUCUCAGCUCCUGCUCUUUGAAUUAAUGUGGGAAUUCUGGCUGGCUACUUGACCAUUCCAGCCCUGUGAAACAUCCCACACUUUGAAGCAAAUGCAAUUCACAGCACAGUGCACACAAAAACCUUGGCAUAAGACGGGGAAGGUUCUUUUUAUUAUUUUGUGGACUGGUUGCUGUAGAAACAGAUAACAAAGGGCAGCCUUCCACUUCUGGUAUAAUUGUGCAGGCCCUUUUCUCUGGGUCUGACACCUGUCUGAAUAAGAAUGAUUAGAGCUGAAUAAUAUCCCUCCCUUGACUAUUGAAUAUGUGGUUCUUGUACAAAAACCUGGAUAAAUCGAAGUAAAAUGUCCACGUUAUGCCUGCCUGUUUGCCACUUCAUUCUGAGGUUUUGUAAAACUGCAUUUUUUUUUUCACAAUGUGAAACUGAAGGUAAAUAAAUUGUUAGAGAUUUUCUCUUCAGUGA